CAUUUCUUGAGCUAAUCACAAUUCUGCCUAGACUAUCUAUUACUUGUUUUGGUUCUAGGAUAGUCUACAAUAUGAAUGCAUGGACUCAGGACUCAACUAAUUCGAUAACCAGUUUAACCUAAUCACAAGUUAGUCUACAAGUAACGGGGUUUGAACGGUCGUGAUUCGACCACCUAAGCAAAGGUGGACUCAAUAGACUAGAAGUUCUGGCCCAUUUAACUGAUUCCAGACCCUAAAACGGGAAGAACCCCGCCGGAGCUUCUCACCGACCCCCCCUACUCCCCCACCAGCACUAAAGCAUGACGUCGCCUCGCUGCUUCGAAACGCCGUCGUUUCGUCCUUCUUCUCCAGACUCAGACUGGGGACACAAAGUCUCAGACAAGGUGCUCUCAGUCUACAACUCGCUCCCUAAGAAAGGGAAGCCCCAGGGCCGCGAAGUCACCGUCUUGGCCGCCUUCCUCCUCUCCUCUCCUCUUCAAGAAUUGCAAGUUGUGGCAUUGGGAACCGGAACCAAAUGCGUCGGCCGUUCACUCCUCAGCCCCCACGGCGAUAUCGUCAACGAUUCCCACGCCGAGGUCAUCGCUCGCCGCGCUUUAAUCAGUUUCUUCUAUGCACAGAUACAAUGUCUUUCUCAAAUUUAUAGUAGGCAAAGAGAUAACAAUGGAAGCAAACAGUUGCGAAGCGAUGAUGUGAAAAAGUUUAUUUUUGAAUUGGACCCUGAUGAUGGGCACGGAAAAUACACAAUGAGGAAGGGUUGGAAAUUGCACAUGUAUAUAUCGCAACUACCUUGUAAGUUUUGGCUACGGAGGGGUUCAUUACUGGAGGAGCUUAAUGAGUCCAUAAAUGAGGAGGCUUUGAUUGAGAAUAAUGGUGAUGCUUCACAACUAAUUGGCACGGUUCAAAGAAAGCCUGGUCGUGGUGAUACUACAUUAUCAGUUAGCUGCUCUGACAAGAUAGCCCGUUGGAAUGUUGUUGGAGUUCAAGGAGCUUUGCUUUCCUUCUUUCUUCAACCUGUAUACCUUUCUUCCAUUACUGUUGGACAAUCCCCUAUCAACUCCGAAAAGGUUCUUGUGGCUGAUUGUCUGAAACAAGCUUUGCAUGAUCGUGUCCUACCAUUAUCAAGCGAGCUGAUCAGUCCCUUUCAGGUGAACCAGCCACUACUCUGGGAAGCUCCAAUGCCACCAAAGGAAUUUCAACAUUCUGAGACCGCUUUGAUCACUAUAACAUGCGGGUAUUCAAUAUGUUGGAAUAAGUCUGGUUUGCAUGAAGUCAUUCUUGGAACCAUAGGAAGAAAGCAAGGCGCUGCAAAAGGAGCACGCAGUCCGUCUACUGAAUCCCCUAUAUGCAAAAAACGGCUUUUGGAGAUUUUCUUGUCCCUAAGGAAUGAAUGCCCCACCAAAAUCCAUGUCAAUGAGAUGUCGUAUCGAGAAAUUAAGGAAAGGGCACAUGAAUACAAUGCAAUGUCAAAAGUUCUAAAAAGAAGACAUACCUUUAGUAAUUGGCUAUUGAAGCCCCCAGAUUUGGAGGCAUUCUCUGCUAUGGGAGAGUGAGUUUCAGGAUACUGAUGUGGCUUAAAGGGUUUCUAGCAGCUUUGAGGAUAAGGGUAUCAUAAGAACUUAUGAGCGAAGGGUCCAAGUCACCAACUAAGAAAAUGUCAUUGCUUCACCUGUCUCUGCCUUCAAAAGCAUGUUGCUGCACAACUGACACAUCUUUCUGGAAACAUGUUCGAUGACAGAUUCACAGUCAACACUCUCACGCUUUCUAGUGCGAAUUGGUAUUAACGCGCAGUGUGAAUUUUCUUGCUGCCCUUCCAGUGGACACGUGGAGUUUGAUUCUCUAGCUAGCCAUCUUGUGAUUGAUUGUAAAACACUCGAAUAGCAGUUGUUAGAUGAAUUGUUCGAACAGGCAAGAAAAAUUAGAAGAAUGAGACCUUAAAUCUGUAUCUUUCUCCGCCUUGAGCUCUUAACAUAUAAUUAAUGAUAUU